AUGCAAGCAAGUCCAGUGCCACCUCCAAGUUUAUUGCGCAGAAAGAAGGAACACAGACGUGGUAUCACGUACACACUGUUGUUAUGCGGGAAUGCAGGUACAGGUAAAACUACUUUUGCCAACAAUUUGCUAGAAUCCAAUAUAUUUCCUCACAAAUUCAAUAAUUCAGAUUACAUGGAAAAUUCGAAGUUGAUUUCAGAUCGGAUUAAGAUUAUAUCUCCUACAAAAGUCGUUUCAUUCAAUUCUAAGAACGGUAUCCCUUCAUUCAUGGCAGAAUUUGAUCCAGAUCGCUCUGCCCUAGAGUCAGGUAUUACAAUCACUUCAACUUCAUUAGAAAUUACUGGUGCACCCGAUGAGAAUGGAAAUCUAAAUGAUGAUGACACUUUACUUUUUAAUUUGAUAAACACUCAUGGUAUCAAUGAAAAUUUAGACGAUUCAUUGUGUUUUGAUGAGACUACUUCUUAUUUGGAACAACAAUUCGAUACCGUUCUUGCAGAAGAAACAAGAAUAAGAAGAAAUCCACGUUUUGAAGAUACAAGAGUGCAUAUCGCAUUAUAUUUCAUUGAACCUACCGGUCAUGGUUUGAGAGAAAUUGACGUUGAGUUAAUGAAACGUAUAUCUCGUUAUACAAAUGUGCUCCCCAUAAUUGCCAAAGCAGAUGCAUUAACAAAAGAUGAAUUAAAAUCGUUUCGGAAGAAUAUUAUGGAAGAUGUGGAAAGAUUCAAUGUCCCGGUAUAUAAAUUUGAACUUGAUCCUGAUGAUGAUGAUUUUGAAGCUAUUGAAGAGAAUAGAAUAUUAUCUUCAUUACAACCUUUCGCAAUCAUUUCAUCGGAUACCAAAAAUGCUGAUGGCAAAUAUAUUAGAGAAUACCCAUGGGGUACUAUCGAAAUAGAUGACGAUAAGGUAUCUGAUUUACGUGUUCUUAAAAAUGUUCUUUUUGGAUCACAUUUACAAGAAUUCAAGGAUACAACUCAAAAUUUACUUUAUGAAAACUAUAGAGCAGAUAAACUAUCAACAAUAACACAAAAUGGUCCAAUUAUGACAAAUGAAGAAGAGGAAGAAGAAGAAGAAGCACAAGAGAACAGAGAUAAUAAGAGACACUCGACGGUACCAAGUUUAAGCAAUUUUGCCUCGUUAAUAAAUACAGGUCACUUUAAGUCAUCACAAUCUCUGGCAUUGAGUUCCGACCUGCCAGCAACGCCAAAGAUUAAACAUGAGGAUUUAUCUACUGAUCAUGAAUCACCUAUCAAACAAAUGUCUGAUGAAAUUAGAAAUGAAAAUGAACAAAUCAUAAGAAAUAUCAAGAAAGAGUCUUCACCAAGAUUACCAAACUUAGCUGAUACUCCAGAAAGGACAAAAUUAAGAAAUAUUUCAGAGACUGUACCAUAUGUGUUGAGACAUGAACGUAUAAUUGCUAGGCAACAAAAAUUGGAGGAAUUAGAAGCACAAUCGGCAAAGGAAUUACAGAAACGUAUUCAAGAAUUGGAAAAAAAGGCUCAAGAUUUGAAAUUAAGAGAAAGAUUGUUGAAACAACAGGCGCAAAAUGGUUCAGCAUCUUCUCUAGUAUCGUCUUCAAAUCCUAAAACCCAAUUGAAAAAAGGUGACACCUAUACUGAUUUAAACUCAAUUGUAUCUAGUAGAGAUUAG